AUGGGAGACGGCAGUACCAGGGGUGGGUAUGGCCCGGAGUCGGAUGACGCCGCUAAGACCCGCCGCGGCGCGGCGCGGGCAGAAUACAACAGGGCCCUGGCUAUCGAAUGCGAGUUUUGGAGACAAAAGGCGGCAGUGAAGUGGUUGAAGGAUGGGGACGCUAAUACGUCCUUCUUUCAUGCGGAGGUUCGCCAGCGGCGGAGCUCAAACUUUAUUGCUAGGAUUAAGGACGUGGAGGGCCGGUGGCUCGACGAUGCGCAGCGCAUUAAGGCCUCGGCAACGGCGUUUUAUGCUAAAUUAUUCUCGUCAGAGGCGACAAUUAGAGGAGGCUUCCCGGACCCCCCCUUUGAAAUACCGACGGUUGAUAGCGCACAUAACAAUAUGAUUCAGGGAAUACCAACAGUGGAGGAGAUCCGGCAGGCGGUGUUCUCAAUGGAUGCGAACAGUGCCCCAGGGCCGGAUGGCUUUGGUGUGGGAUUCUAUCAAAAGUGUUGGGAAGUUAUCAAGGACGACCUGUGGCGGGACUUUAGGACAAUAAGCUUAUGUAAUGUAAGCUCCAAAAUCAUCUCGAAGAUCCUGGCGUCCCGCAUCAACACAAUUCUCCCGAAGAUCAUAUCCCCGUGGCAGACAGGGUUCGUCCCAGGACGGGAUAUCACUGACAACAUCAUGCUAGCACAGGAGAUGGCGCAGGAGUUGGAUAGACGCUUGAAGGCCCCUAAUCUAAUUCUCAAGUUGGAUAUGGAGAAAGCUUAUGAUCGAGUGGAAUGGCCUUUCCUACUCUUCAUGCUUCGAAAGUUUGGGUUUUCUGAGCAGGUGGUGGACUUGUGCUUCAGGACCUUUUCAAACGCUUGGUUCUCAAUACUCAUUAAUGGUGAGCCUUCCGGUUAUUUUAAAUCAUCACGGGGUGUUAGACAAGGGGACCCGUUGUCGCCAACGCUAUUCCUGUUCAUCGCUGAAUUCUUGGGCCGGGGACUGCAUGACCUGUUCAUGGCACGGGAGGCUAGGUUUUUUAAGGCAUCUGGGUCCAGGGUACCCUAUUUGGCAUUUGCAGAUGAUACUAUGAUCUUCACAAGGUGUUCGAGGGACGCAUUGGCUGCGAUUCAACUUUUCUUGGAACAAUACCAAUCGUGGUCAGGGCAGAAGGUAAAUCCUAGUAAAAGUUCAUUCUCUCCUGCUGCGGGAACCUCUCCGGAGCAAUUGCAGUUGGUGCAGUCCAUCCUUGGGUUCCAAGAGCAGCGGCUUCUUAUCAGGUAUCUUGGGGUCCCUCUGACGAAGGGGAGGAUGAGCUGUGUGAUGUUUGAUGGGUUGCUCGCAAGACUGCGACAGAGGCUGUUUCAUUGGAGCUCCAAGCUGUUGACCAUGGGGGUAAAAUUGUCCUCAUCCGCCAUGUACUUAACUCCAUCCCGCUCCAUCUGUUCCAGGCACUACAGCCUCCUAAAGCGGUGUUGGUCGCCCUGGGCAGGAUCUGUAACGGUUUUCUUUGGGACCACUCCAUCUCGGAUAAGAGAGUGCACUGGGCAGCCUGGGAGAAAGUUUGCUUCCCGGUGGGUGAAGGUGGAUUGGGCAUUAGGGCAUUCGGAGAUGUUGUUCAGAGUAGACAGGCCUCCUGCAUCUUGGCGAAGGUUAAUGGGAGUGAGGGACUUUGCUGAAGGGAGGAUUCGCUGGUGUCUGGGGGAAGGCCUGAUUGACUUUUGGUGGGAUCGUUGGUGCACCGAGCUGCCGCUGGCUCAGAUCCUGGAUAUGCCCCAUGCGCCUAUGGUUUUAGUUGGGGAGCUAUAUUUGCAGAAUGGGUGGGAUGUCGCCCGGCUCCGGAGCUGGCUACCAGACUGCUAUGUGUCAAAGAUACUUCCACUGCAAAUCUUUCCAGCACUUAAGGACCAAAUGGUAUGGAAGGGAUCCUCCUCUGGUGAUUUCUCGGUCUCGUCGGCUCUGGAGGGCCUCCGCCAGAAAAGAAACGAGUCUGUGGGCGCGGGAAACAGUGGAGCAUUUGUUUGUGUCGGGUCCGGUGGCUGUAAGUGUUUGGAGCAGCUUGAGCAGCAGUUUAGUUUUUCACGGAGAGGGGUGCAAGGUGUCUCCUCCCUGCUUGUGGCGUGGUUCCUGUCGCACCGGAAAGUAGGGUCGAACCAUAUUCGGGUACUAGUCCCGCUAGCUGCCCUGUGGUUCAUAUGGCGCUCAAGGAACCAAGCAAGGUUUGAGGGAGUAAGGAUGCGCGCAGAGCAUAUUGUGUGGGAGGUGGGGAAUCUGAUGGAACUCCUGGGGGAGGCGCGGAAAUUAGAUCGCUCGUUUCAGGGAGACGGGGAUUGUAUCUGGGCCAGAGAAAGGAGAAGGUUGGGGUUGGGGCGUCAGCCGAUGCUGGCUUGGACUCGGCCCCCUGAGCAAGGACUAAAAUUGAACACUGAUGCAAGUGUCACGGCGGCAGGAGCGUUUGGGGGUGGAGUAGUACGGUCCUCCGAGGGGAAGAUGAUAUUUGCUUUCUCCAAGGAAUUUGGGGAGGUUUCUGUGGUUCACGCGGAGGCACUGGCGGUACUGGCGGGUCUGGCACUUUGUCAGGAACGGGUUAAUGGGUGUGAGGGCAGAAACCGACUCAAAAACCCUGGUUCGGCUGGUCUCAUCGGGCGCGUUGGCAAGCUGGCCGCUUUGCAACAUUCUGCGGAAGAUCCGCUCUCUUCUUUGCGGGUUGGGUGCGGAGUUGUGUCAUGUUUAUCGUCAGGCAAAUGUGGUGGCGGAUGCACUUGUUUCGACGCAGUUAAGAGGUGA